GCCUGACACUUCUGUGACUGCUCUGCCUGAUAACAGACAACAGUGAAAGUCAACGACCAUUACACAAGCUGCUGCGUGAGGCCGUCGUGAAGAAAUGCUCCUCUUCUUUUGAAGGAUUCACAAGUACAGAUGGAGGAAGUGGAACCGCUGGUGGCUGCAGGGCCAGAGAUACAGUGCCCAGAGGGCCACACUGAAUGGAACACUGCUAAGCAGAGUCCUGACUCCCAGGUAGUGGAGGAUUUCAGGAGGAGGCUAAAGUACUUCUUUAUGAACCCUUGUGAGAAAUACAGAGCCAGGGGGCGGAAACCAUGGAAACUGACGUUACAGAUUCUAAAAAUUGCAAUCAUCACAGCACAGUUAGUCUCUUUUGGACUGAGCAAUGAAAUGAUGGUUACCUUCAAGGAGGAAAACCUGAAGGCAUUCAAACAUUUGUUCCUGAAAGGCUACAAGGACCAACGAUUAGACAAAUAUUCAGUUUACACAAAAGCAGACGUCUAUGACCACAUAUAUCACAUCAUUGAUAGGUACACACAUCUGCAAAACCUGAUACCUGGAAGCCAAGCGUAUGAGAAGAAUGAUGGGGUGAACACCCCUCUGUCCCUCUGUCAAGACUUCUACAAGAAUGGAAGCAUCUCCCCAUCCAAAGAAACAUUCAACCUUGAUCCACGUAUUGAGACAGAAUGUAUUACCAUUUACCCUAUGUGGACGUUUCGGAAUGACAUGAACUUUUCUCUGGAUUUUCAAAGGUUGGUCUCCAUAAAAGUCUACCUCACUCUAAAAGCCAUCAACCUACAGACAGUGAGUCACCAUGAGCUUCCAGACUGUUACAACUUCAGAAUGAUGAUAAUGUUUGACAACAGCGCACAUAGUGGAAAAAUAAAGAUCCUCUUUGAAAAUAAUGUUGAAAUCAAUGCAUGUAAGAACUGGACAGUUGCCGGCACUUCUGGGAAGGACCAUCACCAUGUCCUGCUUUUGGAUACCCUCGUUAUUCUGUCCUGCCUCAUCUCUCUGCUCUUGUGUACACGCUCAGUGAUCAAUGGAAUUCAACUCCAGUUUGAGUACACACACUUUUUCCAAACAUUCUACAGGAAAACCGUGUCUUGGUCAGAUCGAAUGCAGUUUGUGAAUGGCUGGUAUUUAAUGAUCAUCAUCAGUGAUACACUAACCAUCAUUGGCUCUGCCCUCAAGAUAGCAAUACAGACCAAGGAUUUAAUCAUCUAUGAUGUCUGCAGUAUUGUUCUGGGAAUAGCCACAAUGCUUACCUGGAUUGGAGUAAUUCGCUACCUGGGUUUCUACAAGAAAUACAAUAUCUUGAUCCUGACCCUGAGGGCAGCUUUCCCAAAUGUGAUCCGCUUCUCAUGCUGUGCUGCCAUUAUCUACCUGGGCUACUGCUUCUGUGGCUGGAUUGUGUUGGGACCUUACCAUGAGAAAUUCCGGACCUUUGACAAGGUGAUCGAAUGCCUGUUUUCUCUUAUGAAUGGGGAUGGCAUAUACUCCACCUUUGAGAUGAUGAGGGCAAAGAGCAGUAUGGUGUGGCUGUUCAGCAGGCUCUACAUCUACACUUUUGUCUCCCUAUUCAUCUACAUGGUGCUUAGUCUGUUCAUCGCACUCAUCCAAGACACAUAUGAGACUAUCAAGCAGGACAAGAAACCUGAGUCCCAGCUAAACACCUUCAUGAUAAAGUGCAGAGAUCAUCCUGAUUCUGGGCGAUACACAACUGACAUGGAGCCUCCAUCCUGCUUCCUCUGCAGCUGUUUGGGAUGAAUUGUAAUGUUCUACUUGAUAAUGCACUGAUGUGCGCAUGCAUGCUUGUACAAUGCACAAGGUAUUUCACAAGGUAUUUCAAGUAUUUUCGCAUGUCAUGGUUUUGAUAGCCACCAGGUUACGGUUCAUAGAUUUGCCGUGGGAACACAGAAGAGAUUCAAAAUGAUCAAAUAUAAUCGUUGUUGUUUUGCUGUACAUGCUGAAUUGAUGUCAUGUUUUUAGGUUGUGUAUCAAAUCUUUAUUCAAAUGGUAAUGCAUUUUUCAAUUGGCAAGUGACAAUGCAAUCCUUAAUUCAGUUUGAAUUAUUUUGAAUACAAAUUUAAAUGAAAGCACAAUA